UCGGCGAAUAGUUUUAUUAAACCUCGCACCUUCGAUACCCGCAUUUGAAGUCGAUACCUGCCUCUCAAAUUACGCUCAAGAUGAAGUGGUUAUUUUUGCUCGCGUUCACUCUUCUGACCGUCGGCGUUCUAAGCGCUCCAGCAAACGACGAAGAAGAUGAGUUAUUGACGGAGUUGGAGGUAAAAGAUAAUGCUGAAGACGAACCUGAGACUGGGACGGAAGAGGAACGCUUUGUUCGGGAAGUGGAGGACGAAGAGGAAGAAGAAGAACUAGAAGAAACAGCAAUGAAAGACACCGUCGAAAACGAUGAGACUGAUGAAGUCAGCGAAAAGAAGACCUCAGUCGAAACCGAACAACCCUUUGAAGACAGCGAAGCAGAUGAUACCAUUGAAUAAAACGGUUCUAAAAAAACUGUUCGAAAGAGGGAAUUCUUUACAGAUUGUUGUUAACUAUGGGAGUAUUUAUUAAACUUAAGGAUACACG